AUGAGGAUCGGACUCGCACGAAUGCUUCGUGUGGUUCUCGGAGAUCGAACCGAAGCCGAAGGCGUGCGCCAAGUUACGGUGACCAUUUUCAAUGGCUCGGACGUUGCUCUCACUACCCUGCUCCUUGAUCUCUUUCGAUCUGGAAAUGGCUUUCGAUACCGCAUGCGUGAGCUCGGAUUGACAGACACCACGAACUGUGUUGCUAAGGUUGCUACGGUGGCUCGAACCUGA